GGGCUGGGCCUGAUCAGGGCUUCCCUUCCAGCAAGCAGAGCUGAGGUGUAUUAGAGAGAUCUUCUGAGCCGCACAGCGUUGCGCACAUCUGCCUCGCCAUGUCGAAGAAGGAAUUCUUUGUAGAUAUGACUUGCGAAGGCUGCGCCAAUGCUGUAAAUCGUGUUCUUUCUAGGUUGGAAGGAGUCCAGUAUGAAAUAGAUUUACCCAACAAGAAAGUUGUGACUGAGUCUGAUCUCUCUGUGGAUCUAUUGCUUGAAACACUAAAGAAAACUGGAAAGGAAGCAAAGUAUUUGGGAUGCAAAUAACUGAUGGACCAAGACUCUAAAGGAAUAAAGCCUGACUGAUCGGUGUGGAUUAGUUCCGGUAAGUAUUGUUUUAUUCUAUUAUUAAUUAUUUUAGCAUAUAUCUUCAUGUCAAUAUUUAUUAGGGAUAUGGGUCUGUAGCUGGCACAUUGUUGGGGAUCUUUACCUGGCUUGGGUAUAAUUGUUAUGUGGGCUUCUUGGGCUUGUGGGUGAAAUGGAGUUGUUGCUGAUAUGGAAUUAAAAUAAUUCAGUAGGAGGGGGGCUAGCUCGUUUUUAUAUGUUUUAUAGUAUAGUGCAGUGUACCCGUCUGGUCCGGGACUUUUCCCUGUGGGGAGAUUAUCUAUGCUUUCUUCUAUUUCCUGGAGGCGAAAGGGAGCAUCUAUUGACUGACUAUCUUCUGGGGUAAGUACUUGUAGUUUGGCGUUCUUUAUGAACUCGUCUAUUCUCUCUUUGUUUUCACCAUUGUCGACUGUUCCUUUCAAUCUGUAUAAUGACUGGUAGUAGUUCUGGAAGGCCCUGGCAAUACCUUUGGAGUCAUAUUGUGUUGUACUAUUGUUAUUCUUUAUUGCAGUAAUAUGUGAGUGGGGUUGCAUUUUUUUAAUUAUACCUGCAAAGUGCUUAUUACACUUGUCUCCUAAUUCGUAGAACCUUUGUUUACACCUCAUGAAGGCCUGAUAGGUUUUCUGAUCAAGAAUUGCCUUUAGUUGUAGCCUUUUACUCUCUAACUGGAGAAGGUUUUUCUGUGCUAAUGUGGACUUAUGUGUUUGUUCAAGAUGGGAAAUUUCCUCUAUUAGUUUGUUUAUUUCUUUUUCCUUCUCUUUUUUCAGGUUACUACUUAUUGAAAUGAUUUGGCCCCUGAGGACGCACUUUAAGGUUUCCCACAUGGUACCAGGAGAAUUUGUACUAGAGAUAUUGUCUUGCAACACUUGAGAAAUGUUUGUUUUGAUCUGUUUUCUAAUGUGGUCUUUGUGUAAUAAAAAAUCAUUCAUUUUCCAGGUAAAUUCAGGUUUGGUGGUCUUGGGGAUCACAAACUUAACUGCAAUGGGGGAGUGGUCGGAUAAAACACUGCUACCAAUUUUGGCUUGUGUGAAUAGGUGUAGCCAAUUCUGUGAAACCAUGAUAUAAUCUAUUCUGGAAUAAACCAUGUGAGUUUUGGA